UGCCAGCUUGUUGCACCGUCCACCGUCUCCUCUCUCUCUAAAACCUGUCAUACUUCUCUAUCUCUAGAAACGAGAACAGAGAGAGGAGCUAUAACAAUGUAUUCGGACGACGAAGGAAGAGAAGAAUAUCUUUUCAAGAUCGUGGUUAUCGGCGACUCGGCGGUCGGUAAAUCAAACCUCCUGUCUCGGUACGCUCGGAACGAGUUCAGCGCGCAUUCCAAAGCCACGAUCGGCGUGGAGUUUCAGACUCAGAGCAUGGAUAUUGAUGGCAAGGAGGUCAAGGCUCAGAUUUGGGACACUGCCGGCCAGGAACGCUUCCGUGCCGUUACCUCUGCUUAUUACCGUGGCGCUGUCGGUGCACUCGUCGUCUACGACAUUAGCCGCCGUAUAACUUUUGAGAGCGUCGGACGUUGGCUCGAUGAGCUCAAGAUUCAUUCUGAUACAACGGUGGCUAGAAUGUUGGUGGGAAACAAAUCUGACCUAGAAAACAUAAGAGCAGUGAGCGUGGAAGAAGGCAAAGCUCUAGCAGAAGCGCAAGGACUAUUCUUUGUGGAAACAUCGGCUCUUGAUUCGACCAACGUUAGAACAGCUUUCGAGAAGGUGAUUCUUGAUAUCUACAAUAACGUGAGCCGUAAGCAACUAAACUCGGACACUUACAAAGAUAAACUCACUGUGAGUCGGGUAAGUCUCGUUAAGGACGAUGACACUGACUCUAAACAGAGCUCUGGUUUCUCUUGCUGCUCCAGUUGAUACUCAAAAAGAACAAUAUAUUUUGAUUCUCUUUUCAUUUGCUUUUUUCUCCAUUUCUUUCUCAUUGUAAUUGAUCAAAUUGUUGUUGUCUCAUAGUAAAAA